GCACCUAAGAUGGCGGUGGGGGAGACGGUGAAGGUUGCCGCCUGCCCCCCGGGGCGCUAGUCCGCCGUCCCUCGGUCCCCUCGUCCCCCGGCGGCCGGCCCAUGGCCUGGCGGAGGCCCAGAUCAUGGACCUCCACACCGCCGUGUACAAUGCCGCCCGCGACGGCAAGCUGCAGCUCCUUCAGAAGCUGCUCAGCGGCCGGAGCCGGGAGGAGCUGGACGAGCUGACGGGCGAGGUGGCCAGCGGGGGUACGCCGCUGCUCAUCGCCGCCCGUUACGGCCACCUGGACGUAGUCGAGUACCUGGUGGACCGGUGCGGCGCGAGUGUGGAGGCGGGCGGCUCGGUGCACUUUGAUGGCGAGAUCAUCGAGGGCGCGCCGCCGCUGUGGGCCGCCUCGGCCGCCGGCCACUUGGACGUGGUGCGGAGCCUGCUGCGCCGCGGGGCCUCGGUGAACCGCACCACGCGUACCAACUCGACGCCCCUGCGCGCCGCCUGCUUCGACGGGCACCUGGAGGUGGUGCGCUAUUUGGUGGGCGAGCACCAGGCGGACCUGGAGGUGGCCAACCGGCACGGGCACACGUGCCUCAUGAUCUCCUGUUACAAGGGCCACCGCGAGAUCGCCCGCUACCUGCUGGAGCAGGGCGCCCAGGUGAACCGGCGCAGCGCCAAGGGCAACACAGCUCUGCACGACUGCGCCGAGUCUGGCAGCCUGGAGAUUCUGCAGCUGCUGCUCGGCUGCAACGCCCGCAUGGAGCGUGAUGGCUACGGCAUGACACCGUUGCUGGCGGCCAGCGUGACGGGCCACACCAACAUCGUGGAGUACCUCAUCCAGGAGCAGCCUGCUGGGGACGAGCAGGCGCAGCCCGGGCUGGCCAGGGCGCAGCCCCAGGGCGCCCACUCGUCCCCCGAGGAGCCCCCGAGCGGUGAAUCGUACGAGAGCUGCUGCCCCACCAGCAGGGAAGCCGCCGUGGAAGCCUUGGAGCUGCUGGGAGCCACCUACGUGGAUAAGAAGCGGGAUCUGCUCGGGGCCCUGAAACACUGGAGACGGGCGAUGGAGCUGCGGCACCAGGGGGGCGAGUAUCUGCCCAAACCGGAGCCCCCGCAGUUGGUCCUGGCCUAUGACUACUCGAGGGAGGUGAACACCACCGAGGAACUGGAGGCGCUCAUUACCGACCCGGAUGAGAUGCGCAUGCAGGCCCUGCUGAUCCGAGAGCGCAUCCUAGGUCCUUCCCACCCGGACACGUCCUACUACAUCCGCUACCGGGGCGCGGUGUACGCCGACUCGGGCAACUUCGAGCGCUGCAUCCGCCUGUGGAAGUACGCCCUGGACAUGCAGCAAAACAACCUGGAGCCUCUGAGUCCCAUGACAGCCAGCAGUUUCCUGUCCUUCGCCGAACUCUUCUCCUACGUGCUCCAGGACCGCUCGGCCAAGGGCAGCCUAGGCACGCCCAUCGGCUUCGCAGACCUCAUGGGGGUGCUGUGCAAAGGGGUGCGGGAAGUGGAGCGGGCCCUGCAGCUGCCCAAGGAGCCCGGGGACUCGGCACAGUUUACCAAGGCCCUGGCCAUCAUCCUCCACCUGCUCUACCUGCUGGAGAAGGUGGAGUGCACGCCCGACCAGGAGCACCUGAAACACCAGACCGUCUACCGGCUGCUCAAGUGCGCCCCCCGCGGCAAGAACGGCUUCACCCCUCUGCACAUGGCCGUGGACGCAGAGACCACCAACGUGGGCCGCUACCCGGUGGGCAGGUUCCCCUCCCUGCAGGUGGUCAAGGUGUUGCUAGACUGCGGGGCCGACCCAGACAGCCGUGACUUCGACAACAACACCCCACUGCACAUCGCAGCGCAGAACAACUGCCCGGGCAUCAUGAACGCUCUGAUUGAGGCGGGGGCCCACAUGGACGCCACCAACGCCUUCAAGAAGACGGCCUACGAGCUGCUGGACGAAAAGCUGCUGGCCAAGAGCACCAUCCAGCCCUUCAACUACGUGACCCUGCAGUGCCUUGCGGCCCGCGCCCUGGACAAGAACAAGAUCCCCUACAAGGGCUUCAUCCCUGAGGAGCUGGAGGCCUUCAUCGAGCUGCACUGACCACACUGACCAUAGUGGGAGAGGCGAACCCCAGGAGGGCGGGGCCCGCACCGGUCCCGCCCUCUCUCUGGGAGCACUUCCGGUGGCUAGAAACCUGGGAGUGCGACAAAGGGGAGGGGCUCUCCCGCCUCCAUGGCCCCCUCCCCUCCGCAGGGAGUGGGGAUAGGAGUGAGCGAGCUGUCGGUGCUAGAAGCCUUCUGGGUGACGCGCUCGGAGAAUGGACUUUAUUGCAGGAGCUUGUGCACCCAUCUUUGGCCGGGAGAAGACGCUCAACCUUCCACACGCCCCGUUUGCCUGGGUUAAGGAGGGUCUUGCUUUCUGACUCAGAGGCGGAUGAGUUGAAGCCAUUGCCUUGCUCCCCCACGUAGAAACGCAGGAAGAAGCUGAGAGUUGGUCCGGCCUCCGGAUAGACCUAGACCCCCCCAGUGCAGGGUUAGGACGGCGGCCCCGAGGGGAAGCUGGGAGACCUGCCUUUUCUAGCACGUUCGCACCUGCUCCCUCCACCCUGCAGUGGGUAAGGGUCUCCACCCGGGGAGGGGCAGCCUGCUCUUUGCGUAGCUUUCGUGGUUUGGUGUUCUGUUUAUUUACUCAGCCGGCAGGUUACAGGUGUGAUGCAGGAGUCCUGAAGUUUUGCUGCCAUAUCCUUUUUUUUUCUUUUUCUAAAAUUUUUGGUUUGUCAGACUCGCUAAGUUAAUUUCAUGCAGCAAGGGUUUUGUCGUGCCCGAGGUGGCCCAGCCGGCAGAGGUGAGCUUUAUUGUGUUAAGAAAGGGAGGUGCCAGCCCCACGUAUCCGUCCCCAGAGCGAAGGUGACAGUACGUUUCUUUCUGAUAGUUCACUCAGCCUUUCUUAGGGGCCGGGCUGCUUCUCGCCCAGCAAAACCUAGCAUGGUCAGUUUGGGCUUUGGUUUUCACAAUUUAUGAGUUAAAAACCGCAAGCCGCUUCCACGUCACAAGUCACGCCCGAGGGCACAGGUGCGUGGCCAGCAUCCUGAGUGGCUGUGUCCAGUUUUUAGCUGCUUGGAGACCUGGAUGCAGGUGACCCUGAGGCAACGCCAGGUACACUGUUGACCCACUGUGUCAGCUAGGUAGACAGUGGGUGUCGAGACGGGUUGCCAAUUAAGGUGGAAGGAAAUCUCGGCCUCCCGUCACUGGGGGCUCCUGGGAAAGGGGAAUUGUUAGUCCUCCUGCCAGAGAACCCUCCCCAGUGGGAUUCUCAGGGCCUAUACUCCAUGGCCCUGGCCGCCAACAGGAGAGUGUUCCCGGCCUGUCGGGAGAGCGGAAGGGGACUGGAGCCGGUGCCCCGCCCGCAGCCUUGUCGCGGGGCAGCUACACUGAUAGAAGCCUUCCGCAGGCACAGUGGGACCCCGGAUGCCCUGCCCCCACCGAGGGAACCAGGUCUCUUUGGAUUUGCAGUGUUAGUUAGGACGUUCUUUAUUUCCAAGACCAGGUUUUGCCUUCCAUCAAGGCGGGAGCCGCCCUCACUGUCCCCCCUGAAGCCCGGAAUAAAGAGAGGAGGAGUGCCAACUGCAA